AUGGAUUUCCUCACACCUCCCAACAAUGUGACUGAAUUUGUUCUCCUGGGACUCACACAGAAUCCACACUUGCAGAAAAUACUCUUCAUUGUCUUUCUGUUCAUUUUCCUAUUCACUGUGCUGGCCAAUCUGCUCAUUGUCAUUACCAUCUCCCUCAGCCCCACACUUUCAGCUCCCAUGUACUUCUUCCUCACUCACUUGUCCUUCUUAGAUGCCUCCUUGAGCUCUGUUACCACCCCUAAACUGACCAUUGACCUGCUGUACCAGAGAAAAAUCAUCUCCUGGGGUGGCUGCCUGACUCAGCUCUUUAUGGGGCACUUUCUGGCAACAUCAGAGGUCAUUGUCCUCACUGUCAUGGCCUAUGACCGCUAUGUGGCCAUCUGCAAGCCUCUGCACUACAUGACCAUCAUGCAACAGGGACUCUGCCAGCUUCUAGUGGUUUUGGCCUGGAUCGGGGGGAUCCUUCAUGCCACUGUGCAGAUUAUUUUCACAGUGGACUUGACCUUCUGUGGUCCCAAUGUCAUUGAGCACUUCAUGUGUGAUUUCUUCUCAUUGUUGGAACUUGCCUGCAGCGACACCUACAGGCUUGGAAUGGUAGUGGCAAUUAACAGUGGGGGCAUAUGCUUGCUCAUUUUGUUCAUGCUCCUCAUCUCCUACACAGUCAUCCUGAGCUCCCUGAAAUCCCAUGGCUCUGAAGGACGACGCAAAGCCCUCUCUACAUGUGGCUCCCACUUUACAGUAGUGGUACUUCAUUUUGUCCCUUGUAUUUUCACCUAUGCCCGUCCUGUGGCCACUUAUCCUGAAGACAAGUUGGUGACUGUGUUCUUUGCAAUCCUCACUCCAAUGUCAAAUCCUAUCAUUUACACAGUGAGAAACACAGAAGUGAAAAAUGCCAUAAGGAGUUUGUUGAAGAGGAGAGUACCUUAG